ACCGCCGGGGAGCCGCAGCCAUGUUCGGGGGCUUCGGGCGCUGUUUCGAGGAGGACCCCUUCUUCCGUGAUCCUUUUGCUGCACACCAUGAAUGUAUGCGGCAGAUGAUGAGAAGCUUUUCUGAUCCUUUUGGACGAGAUCUAUUUCUCAGUAUAACUGAUAGUGGGGAGAGAACGGUAGAUCGAAGAGCACGCCAGGACUCUCAGGUUGCUCUAAGAGGAAGUCACAGAGCAACAAGCUGCUCCCUCAUGCCCUUUGCAGGCUUUGGUAGAGUGCAAGAUGCAGAUUUUGGGGAACCUUUUUUUGCAAUGGACAGGAUGAUGUCAAAUAUGAGGAACGGUAUGCUGGAAAUGCAAAGAAAAUUUGAUGACCUGUCCAUCCAUCCAGAUGCACACACAUUCAGCUCCUCCUCUGUGAUGACAUACUCCAAAAUAGGGGAUGAACCACCAAAAGUUUUCCAGGCUUCAGCUCAGACACGCACAGCUCCAGGAGGUGUUAAGGAGACAAGAAAAGCACUUAAGGAUUCUGAAAGUGGACUGGAAAAAAUGGCUAUUGGUCAUCAUAUUCAUGAUCGUGCCCAUGUCAUUAAAAAAUCAAAGAACAGCAAGACUGGUGAUGAAGAAAUGAACCAAGAAUUCAUCAACCUGGAUGAAACUGAGGCCCAGACCUUUGAUGAAGAGUGGCAGAAAGAGAUUAUGAAGUUCAAGCCAUCUAGAACUAGAUGCACUUUAGAAGCUCCAAAAUACAGAAGUAUUCAUCACAUACCCAAGGAAGGUGGAUUAAGAAGAGAGAAACCUCUUGCAGUGGCGGGUUCCAGGGAGCCCAGAGUUUCUUUGGAGAAUCUCAACGUGAAAGGAACGCAUGUCCCCAUCAAAAGCAGCAAAAAAUAAAUUGCUUCCAUUCUCCAUUUGAAUGGAGUUUCUUCAGAGAAGAUCAUGGUGCUGCAUUGCUUAUGUUAUAAGUAUACACGUAUAUAUGACCAAUCUCUGUUUUUUGUUUUAGUAAGUAUUAGUGUGCCUUGCUACUCUGAUCUUUUGACAACUGAAUGUUCUUUAAAACUUCAGAUCCUUGGUUAAACCAUCUAGUUUCAGUAAAUUAAAAAACCAACAACUUUCCACUUAAAAGCACUUUAAUGGAUUAUCACUAAUUCUGUUUAAAAAAAAAAAAAGCUUUCAUUAGCAAGAUUUUUCUGCUACAACUGCACCAGUCUCAGACUUUUUAUUAAGCCUGGUAACGCAACUACUUUUUCCCACACUCUAUAACUUGCACAGAAAGUAAAUUCUCUCUUUAUUUUGUGUGGCUGAAAUAACUAUUAAUUUUCUAGGUGACACAGCAAUUAAUAGCAAUUUGAAUACACUAUAGACACUAUAUAUAUCUCUUUAAAAUCAUACUGUAAAUUGUUAUAGAAUCCCCAGAUUCACCUUGAUUUAACAUGAAGAAAAGUGAGAGGAAAUACUAAAAUGAGAAAUACUUUAAAUAAAUUUUAGUUUAUCAGCGUUCUUAUGUUCAUAAGCUGUGCUUGCAUCUCUUAUUUUCUGUGCCUAGACUGUCAGUUUUGUAUUUCUGAUCCUUGGUAUAGUUCCUUUGGAGGUGGCCCAUUAGUUUUCAUUCUUGAAGAUUCUCUGUCGUAGCUUUUAAUUAUUCUGUAAUAAUACCACUGUGUCCUCAGAAACUCAGCUGUAACUAUUAGUUAUUAAUCAGAAAAAUAUGUGGGAGAAAUUGGUUGAGUAGGCAGUAGUUUAACUGGAUAAUGAAUGACUACACCAUUUCUUCUGUUCUAAAAAGCUAAGAGCUCUGCAUACAGGAAACCAUUUCCCCCCUCAGCUGAGAUGAGAUGUGUUGGUAUUCUUUGGUGUCCUGCUUUAGCGGAUGUAGAAUGAUCCGAAAUCUAACACUUGAUCUCCCUUGACGUUGUUGUUGUUGUUGUUGUUAUUGUUUGGUUAAAGAGUCUGAUGUUCUAGAGAAAAAACAACUGUGUGACUGAGAACAGGAAAGGUCUUUCUAUUAGAAGUGUUAAGUUUGUAUGCUGUUUUGUUACGCAGAAUUGAUCCCCAUGUUGUAGCAUAAAUUUCUGUAGACUAUAACGUUAGAGCAUUAGCACUACAGCAUAUAUUUCAAGGCUAAAACAUUAUAGUGUAGCCUUAAAAAAAGGCUCUAUUUAUAUUAUAAAAGAUAAUAGGUUUAAUCAGUUAAGAUUAAUAUGCUUGGCUAAAAAGGAAAUGGCCUUUAAAUCAUAUCUUUCUGCGGAUUCCCCAGAUUAUUUAAUUCUAUGUUUGUUAAUGUGCAAAAAUAAUCAAAAGUACUUUUGUUGAACUCUUGACAAGGGAAAGACAAUUGUUUCUUUGCUUGUUUAAUGCAAUGGUCUCUUCCUAUUACUGGAGCAAAUACUAGUGGCAAUAAGUUUAUGCUAUUCGACCAUUCUACGAGCAGUCAAGGUAAGUGGUGGUAAGGGGGUAGCAACCUCUGACAGAAGGACAGGCUGAAACUGUGUGAUGCUGGAGUCAUGCUUGCCAGAGGAUGUCUGCCAGCACCCUGAAACUAAAAGGGUGCUUUUACUCCUAGAGUUGCAUUCUGACCUUUAAGGGCUUGAUCUCCCAUACCCUGAAGACAACAUCAAUUUUGCAAUAAAUGUCAUUGAAAAUGUAAGGCUGUGGAGGCAUUUUCCAGGUAUGUCACUUAAAUUUCCCAGUAGUAAGCAGCAGGAAAGUUUUUCGUGUCAUAACUUCAGAAAUCUUUGAUUUGAGAGAUGCUGCUAUUUAACAGAAAAUAGUAUUCAUCUGACAACUUAUAUUUUUGUCUAUGCUUUACUGAGAUAAAAAAACAUGAUAUAUGUAAUCAGUGAAACAGGUACAUACUAUGGUUUUAAAAUUAUAGUGGAAAGAGGCUAAUAUUCAAUACCGAUUACUUUGUUAUGCAAAACAAUGUUCUAAAAUAUAAUGCUACAUGGAAGCAUCUGAAACUGUAAUUCUUUAAUAAAGUUAUUUAUUAUUUACGGUUA